AUGUUCUUCGCCCUUCCAGUCCUUCUCGCAGCUUUGUUGGGCCGUGGAGCUGCAGAGACACCAUGGGUUGGCCAUGAUCCCGGUGAUCGACGCCAGGUUGCUGCCGCCGACCCUGCCUCCACCAUCAGGGAUGAGAUAACAAGGCUGGAGGACGCGCUUCGCGUGGAAUAUUCUCAGCUCGCCAGCCUUUGCAAUACCAAUCCUUCCGCUUGCGCCCCGUAUUCCACUUCUACUAAUACACGGCGAUCCUCGAUUCCAUCUGUUUCUUCUCGUUCGUCCGCCGCCUCCAUUUCCUCGGCCAAUUCUUUGACAGCUUCUUCCUCAGCCGCUACAUCCACCCCGGCGUCCAAGUCUAGCUCUCUCCGUUCCACUGCAGUUACUAUAUCUGUCGCGCCCAAUACCUCCUUCCCACUGAGUGUAUCACGCUUUUCAACUGUUUCCACUUCUAGCAGCACGACUUCCUCUCGGACCAGCACCACAACUUCGUCUGGCUCGCCACCACCUCCCUCGACAGCAGCUCCUUCAGCAAAGGCAAACUCAACGACCUCUACAACCACUUCAUCCAUGGGAGGGAUAAUCUCAACACCAAGUCCACCCGCCCCACCGGCGCCUGGCACACCCRACCCAAUGGCGAGUGUAAGCUGCGAAACAUUGUGCUCCUCCCUGACUUUCCCAACCGGUUUUGAUGCCAGCCCAGUAUCAUGCGUAUCCUACGCUGCGAACUCAACCAUCACAAUCACCGGAGGCCAGGCAGAGUCAACAUGCGGAACAUCCUUUGUACCUGAGGUAGAUGUUUGCCGGGUCGUUCUGACUGUGGCUACCAGCGAGGAAUCGGAGGUCUAUAUGGAAGUCUGGCUUCCGGAGGGCGAGAGCGAGUGGAAUGGCCGUACCAUGAGCACCGAUAACGGAGGAGUUAACGGAUGUGUCAAGUUCGUCGACAUGCAAUACGUUACUUCACUUGGAUUCGCUGCCAUUGGCGACAAUGCUGGCCACAACGGCUCAUCUUUCGAUGGAUCAUGGUUUGCUGAGUCCAACGAGCUCAUCCUGGAUUGGGCGUACCGUGCACGUCACUCGUCUGUUGUUGUUGGCAAAGCGGUCGUCAACCAGUUUUACAACACCCCAGCAGAGUACUCCUACUACAUUGGAUGUUCUGCUGGCGGCGCACAAGGAAUGAAAUCUGCUCAGGAAUAUCCCGACGACUUUGAUGGCAUCAUCUCUGGCUCCGCCGCAUCCGACUUCAACCACUUGCAAGCGUGGAGCGGUCGCUUCCUGCAGCUCACGGGAAGCCCAACAGCUGAGACAUUCCUGACCUCUGCGGACUGGCUCACAGUACAGACUGCCAUUUUCGAUCAGUGUGAUGCAGCGAUUGAUGGCGUGGAUGAUGGCAUUCUCGAGGAUCCUACCGCUUGUCAGUUCGACUCGUCAGUGCUCGCAUGCUCGAACAACGCAACUCUCGCUGGCUGCUUGACCGACAUCCAAGUCACGACGGUCAACAACGUUUUCUCCGAGCUCUACAACACCGAGGGCGAACUCCUCUACCCGGCGCUUCAAUACGGGUCGCAGGUGGAUGCAUUCAGGCUUGGCCAGCUUUCCGGCGCGGCACAGGGCAUCUCCAGAGACUGGUACAAAUUUGCCGUCGUUGACGAUCCGGAUUGGGAGGCAGUAGACAUGAGUCAAGCAGACUACGCACGGGCGGAUGAACUUGAUGCCUUCCAUGGCGGCGUAUCGGCUUAUUCUGGCGAUCUCAGUGCGUUCCAGGCCUCUGGCGGAAAGCUGCUGAUGUACCACGGCAUGGCAGAUCCACUGGUGACUCAAGGCAACAGCCAGCGCUACUACUUGAAGGUCGCCCAGUCGCUGGGACUCGACAACUCGGGCCUUGACGACUUCUUUCGACUUUUCCGCAUCAGCGGCAUGGCUCAUUGUGGUGUCGGUGGCAUCAGCGGUGCUGGAGCAUGGAUGUUUGGCCAAAACCGAGUCGCAAGCGUUGCACCCAACAGCAUCAUCUCGGACCUCCAAGACUGGGUUGAGGACGAUGUCGCUCCAGACACGCUCACCGGAACCAAGUUCUGGUAUGACACCCCCAGUCUUGGUGUACAGUUCACGCGUGCGCAUUGUCGCUUCCCAUACCGCACCACGUACCGUGGAAACGGUCUCGACUCGACCCUGGCAUCAUCGUGGAGUUGUGAGUUGAUCGAGGACUGGCAAGAGUGUGGAGUCGGCGCAUCGCCUCGACUCUGCAACGUGGAUGGCUCGUUUCUUUGA